AUGAGCUUCUUUCGUUACGUUUUCGGACCAAAACUUUAUAUGGAAUAUGGAAUGAGCAACGCUCAGAAAUUGUAUGAACCAAUCGGGUUAGAAAAAUUUGGUGAUCAGAUAAUCUCAACGCUUAACCUGAUGUGGAACAUUAGUUUCUACGCGUCACCUCUAUUGGUUACCUUCUUAUAUAGGCGGGGCUACUUUGUAGUGGAGUCAAUUUCAACAAUAGCCAAAAUAAGUACAAGCAUCGGUCUAAUUCUUAUGGUUUCGAUGGUAAUGCGAGGAAUGGGUCGAAAUCAAUCACAAUCAUACACGAGAAUGAUAAAAGCCAUGGAGUUAUUAAAAUCACCAAACACUGAGGAAGAGGGUAAACGUGCUCUACGUUUAUUCGACUUUGAAUUUGAUUAUUGGAAAGUGGACUUCGAUGUUAAAAACAUACAAAGUGAUGAGAAAAAGGGAAAAGAUGUUGUUGUGAAAAAGGUCGGUCGUCACUUUAAGUGGACGACUUUCCCCUGUGAAAUUGUUGCUUAUUUAGCUAUACAAACAUUUGGUAUACGAAUGAUGUAUCCAGGAUCCGUGAAAUUGUUGCAACAUUACAUGAGACCUAUGCUGGUGGCUGGCCGUGGUAAAUUAAUUGAAGAGGAAAAUGCUCGACGGUUUAAAGUGCGAACUUUGGAUGCUAAUGAUAUCGAUACAAUUUUCGUAGAUAAUCGCUAUAGAAAUGUGAAUGGAAAAAUAUUAGUUAUUUGUUCAGAAGGUAACGCUGGCUUUUAUGAAAUUGGUAUUAUGGCAACCCCUUUGUCGCUGAAAUACUCUGUUUUGGGAUGGAAUCAUCCUGGGUUUGAGGGUAGCACUGGUAAACCUUUUCCAGACCAGGAUAAAAAUGCGGUCGAAGCCGUUGUAAAAUUUGCCAUUUAUCAUCUGGGUUUCUCUGUCAAUGAUAUAUUGUUCUACGGUUGGAGUAUCGGUGGUUAUAGUUCACUAUGGGCUGCCACGUGCUAUCCAGAUGUUAAAGGAGUGGUUUUAGAUGCUACUUUUGAUGACGUUUUAUAUUUAGCACAAUCUCGUAUGCCACAAAGCUUAUCGGGAAUUGUCCGUAUUGCUAUACGUGAUUACUGCAAUUUGCAUAAUGCUGAAUUGGCCCAAAAGUAUAGUGGUCCUGUCAAUCUUAUACGGAGAACCGAAGACGAAAUUAUAGCUGAAGAUAACAACCUUGAGACAAAUCGCGGAAACUUUUUGGCAUUAAGUAUACUUAAAUAUCGUUAUCCCUAUAUAUUUCAAACCCCUCAGAUAAAUCGCUGUAAGAAACAACUCUCCAAGCCUUUAGAAAAUAGAAAUUUUACAACUCCCGAGGACGACUUGUGUAUGUCACGUUUAGUUACUUAUGUAUCGGAUCAGGGUAAAAAGUUUCCUUUGGCUAUUGGAGAAGACUAUAACGAGGAAGUGCGCAGUGAAAUGGCCGAAUUCUUGCUGAGAAAGCACUUACGUGAUUUUAAAUCAACACAUUGCACACCAUUGCCUGCAGAAUUCUUUAACCUUCCUUGGGAUAUACUCGUUGAGCAAGAUUUUGUUUUUACCUAAAUUGCAUGCCUAAUUACUUUUGAUAUUAAUGGUGUGGUACAAAAUACUGAAAUUCCAUUACGCAUAAAAAGUCAGCACACACACUCCUAUAUACAUAUAAAUAUGUAUAUCAACACAUUUAUGAAGAGAUAUACAUUUAUUUGACAAGUUUAGAUGUCAAAUUUGAACAAUCGAAAUAAAAAAUCACGUUAUAAAAAAUU